AUGCCCCCCAAGAAGGCCAAGGAAGAGGAGAAGAUCCUGCUGGGUCGCCCCGGAAACAACCUGAAGAGUGGCAUUGUUGGUCUGGCCAACGUCGGCAAGUCGACCCUGUUCCAGGCCAUCACCAAGUGCAAUCUCGGAAACCCUGCCAACUUCCCAUACGCCACCAUUGACCCGGAGGAGGCCCGUGUCAUUGUCCCCGAUGACCGCUACGACUGGCUGUGCGAAAAGUACAAGCCCAAGUCGCGUGUCCCCGCCAACUUGACUGUCUACGAUAUUGCCGGUCUCACCAGGGGCGCCUCCACAGGCGCCGGCCUGGGCAACUCCUUCUUGUCCCACAUCCGCGCCGUCGACGCCAUCUUCCAGGUCGUCCGGUGCUUCGAUGAUGCCGAGAUCAUCCACGUCGAGGGCGAUGUGAACCCCACCAGAGACUUGGACAUCAUUGCCGAGGAGCUGCGUCUCAAGGACAUUGAGUUCGUCGAGAAGGCCCUCGAGAACCAGAAGAAGAAGACCCGCAUGGGUGGUCAGAGUCUCGAGGUUAAGAAGGCAAAGGAGGAGCAAGAUACCAUCGAGAAGAUCCUCGCCUGGUUGAACGACGGCAAGGACGUCCGGAAAGGCACCUGGGCCCCCAAGGAGGUCGAGGUUAUCAACCCUCUGUUCCUCCUGACAGCCAAGCCCGUAGUCUACUUGGUCAACCUGUCCGAGAAGGACUACACUCGCAAGAAGAACAAGCACCUUCCCAAGAUUGCCGAGUGGAUCAAGGAGCACGCUGCUGGCGACCCUAUCCUGCCUAUCUCGGUCUCUUUCGAGGAGCGCCUUACCCAGUUCGAGUCUGAGGAGGCCGCCGCUGAGGAGUGCAAGAACCUAGGUAUCGAGUCCGCUCUGCCGAAGGUCAUCCUUCAAAUGCGCAAGGUCCUGGGUCUUGGUAGUUUCUUCACGACUGGUACCGACGAGGUCCGGCAAUGGACCAUCCGUCUCGGCAGCAAGGCGCCCCAGGCCGCCGGUGUCAUUCACACUGAUUUCGAAAAGACUUUUAUUCAGGCUAUCGUGUACAACUUCAACAUGUUAAAGGAGUUGGGCGAUGAGGCUGAAGUCAAGGCCAAGGGUAAGAUCAUGACGAAAGGAAAGGAAUACGUAGUUGAGGAUGGUGAUAUCCUACUCAUCAAGGCGGGUGCUGCCAAGGGUUAA